AUGUCUCUGGUGGUUUCUCCAAAAGUCGAUGAAUUGCCCAUAUUUGAACUUCUCAACGCUCAGCUAUUUACACUGCAUGUUGAUUUUGUCAAUACACUUUUUUCAUGCAUGGAUGUGACCCUAACACAAAUCAAAGACAUAAAUCUACCACUGCCAAUUUCGUCCUGUAAUAGCAGCGAUGGCAGCUUAUCACUUGCAGCUAUUUUACCAUCACAUGGUGUGAAUUUACAGUUUCUGCUCGCUGGUAUCAAUACUAUUGGUGGAGUUCGUCUAGCCCUUGAAGGAUCGGGUACUCAACAGAAGAAUGACAUUCUCCAGGUUAGUUACACACUUGUCGAUGUCGAAUUCGCACAGGCAUUUUCAGCUCCUGGUCUUCUUCUCACACAACAGCCAUCGCUCACACUUCAGCUCACUAAAGUGAUUAAUCGCACUUAUCCACUUACUGAAGGCGGUCAGACACAAUUGAAUGGUAUUUGGAUGCCAUACGUUUCGACUGAUAUCAAUCAGAUCUUUGUUAAUGAAAAUCAGUAUAUAUAUGCCAUAAGUUCGAAUACAAUACUUUCUCUCGUCAUAAGUGAGACACCAUAUUACGUAUUAAACACGCAACAACCGAUCGUCGAUGAGGCCGAACUUAUCUUCACGAACGUUCUAUUUACCAUUCUAUGCAUGGAGAUUUUUGGUUUGAUGUUACUCAUUUUCAAAGUUAUAAUUGUCCCACUUUUCGGACGUUUCAAUAAUUAUUAUCAACGACAAAGUACGACAGAAAAGUCACUGACAAACAACUUUGAUUUGUCACAAGCAUCUCUUUAUCGCUUUUAA